CAUUCUUAUAUCUUUAUAGUUAAUGUAGAAAAUGUCAUGUUUUAUUAUGAAUAUAUAAAUAUAAAUAAUUCAAAUUUUUAUAUAAAUUUAUUUCAACGUAAAUAAAUAUCAACAAAAAGUACGUUAAAUAAUGGAUUUAUUUUAUACAGUUAAUAGAAGAUCUCUAACAAAAUCACUUUCGCAGCAUGAAAGUUUGUACGAAGGUCAAUCUUUGUGCACAAUAUCAAGUCGCAAUGUCAUUGCAUUUACAUCAACUACAGAACUAGAGGAUACAAUUGGAAAAACAUGGGGAUCUCAUGUAUAUGUAUGCGACAUCAAUAUGCCAUGGCAUACACAUAAGGUUCUUUCUAAUAAGUACAACGUUACCGCUUUGGAGUGGGAUUUACCAGGAGAUAAACUAGUAAUCGCCGAUUCAGCUGGAUAUGUUCAACUGUGGGUUUUUAAAGACCAUGUUUUAAAUGAAUGGGUUCCUAUUGGUUCUACUUAUUUUCCCGGAGAACACAUUUUAGGCGCCGCAUGGUUUCACAAUGGCAAAAAGACUGGUCUCAUAGUCGAGAAAAAAGAUAGUCUGCAGUACAGUGAGAAAUUCAAUCAUUUACUCUUCGCACCUUCGGUGAGACAGUUCGGUGGCAGAGCUGCGGAAGGAGUUAUAGUUGUGUCCACUACUGGAAUGGUUGGCGCUGUAAUGAUUACAAAAGAUAUUCAGAAUCCAGUAUCAUUUGCCACCGAAAGUCUUGGAAGUAUUCGCCAACGUAUAAUGGCAGUUGACAUCUGUUAUGGAAAAAACGGUCAUUUUGUCGUGGCUGUAAGUAGUGGAAACAUUGGACAUCCUAUUAGAUGCUACAGAGUUCUUGUGCGCAAAACUGAUGAAAAAUGUGUAAUAUCCUCUCUAGCUUUGCCUAGUUUUUUUCUGCAAGAUGGUGCACCUAAGGAUAACUUCUCAACUACAGUGAUGCGUUUGAAGUUUGUAGUACGUGAAGCACCUGACACUCUAGUUGUGGCAGCAAAUACCGAAAACAGCGGUUUCGUUGAACUGUGGGAAUUGAGAGAAAAAUCACAACCAGUUCAUAAUUUGUUUCAACUAAAAACGCUCGAUCCCUAUAAGACUGUGGUUUGGCAACAUCAAGCACAUUACAAAAGUCAUUCUCCUAUUACUGCAAUCGCAACUAGCAAACUUUCAAUUUCGACGUCACUUCCGCCUUCAAGUUAUAUUUUUGUUGCUUUGGCUGAUUCGUCCAUUCGUUGCUUAAAUCAUGAAUCUCUGAAAGAACUAACUGUUUCGUCUGUAAACAUGGCUCGCUAUCAAGACGAACCGAGUAAUAAAUAUUUGAAGACGAAUGUGUCCAUUUCACACAUUGAUAUUUCAUGGCUUGGCUGCGUACUUACUACUUGUGAUACUCAUGGAAACUUAUAUUUAUACAAAUUGCUACCUGAAGGCCCCACUGUGUCAUUAAAUCACGCGUGCGUUUUAUUAGAGUAUUGUUUACUUACUGGUUUCGAUUGGAUGGAUUUGCUUUUCUGCCUAAGACCGGCUAUGAUCGAAACACUCUGCGAGCGAUUGGAUGCCUCCUAUAAUAGGCAACCACCAGCUAUACAACAGUAUUAUUACAUACAAUUUUUAUGUAUUAAAAUUUCACUCUACAGAAUGCUCGCAAAUGGACAAGAUAAGGCGGCUGAUUUAUCUUCUUUACUGAUGAUAAAUUCAAUAUCAGCAGCAUUCAAGUCGUUACUUAGGCCAUCAGAACUUAUUUCUCAGGACAAGGGCCCUGCAGAAAGUUUAGCAGUGGUAAUUAAUGAUGCUAUUGCUGAUGUGGACAAGAUAUUGCUGCAUCUGGAUCCUAAGGAAUUUACGGUAGAACCCAGUACUCUUCAGUCAUUACAACAGUUAAUUCAGUGGGUUGCUGAUUUAGCGCUGAAUUUACUAGUUCGACUUCCCGAACAACGUAUGCAAACAAAGACUACUGGAUAUGAACUAUUGAGAGAUCAUAAGGCUUUAAAUACAGUUCGCGAAUUAUUAGUAAUUAUUCGCAUAUGGGGCUUACUACGUUCAUCGUGUUUGCCUGUCUUUCUAAGGAGUGUUGACAAUUUGGAUGUUUUGGCAUUACUGUUUCGUCUCUUGUCAAAACUUGUUCCUCCCAACGGUAAUGGAGAAUCUCAACAAAUCGAUGAUGGCUUAAUAGAUGAAUGUUGUUUGCUGCCGAAUCAAAUACUUGUGCCACAGUUACACCAGCCUAAUAACAUUAUCGAAAUUGCGUCACCUUCACUAUCUUAUCAAAACUUUCCUCUUCAGUUGGAAUACGGAAUGGAACCCGAUAUGUUAUUAUUCGUUCCUGAGCUAAGUCCAGUUGAAGGAUGCGUGCAAAGUGGACAGACUGUUGAUAUAAUAAGGCAUCUUUACCUUGGAAAGAAACCUCUUUUUGAAAAGCAGUGCACAAGAUGUGGAGGCAAAGCACAAGUUUACAAUAUGACGAGGACGGCUGCCAUAAGAGCUUGGGACCAAAGAUGGGCAUGUUCCUGUAGAUGUGGUGGUUUAUGGCGCAUACAUAAAAAUAAAAUUUAAAAAGUACAUUUUUCUCAUUAUAGCUAUUGUUUUUUUCUAUUCACCAAUGUACAUAUUUAUGCAAAUAUUAAUAAUGUAAAAUUGUUUUAUUUAUAAACAUUUAUAUGACUCACUUCAUUAUAUUUAUUUCAAAUUUAUACAAUAAAAAGACACUAAAAUAA